AUGGUUCGAGCUCUUUUUGUGCCAUUGGCAUUCUCCGCGCUUCUCAGCCUUAGUCUCCCCUCUUCUACUCUUGCAGCACCCUCUACGGUCUAUGCAGCUGUAGAAGGCUUCAACUCAGUCCCAAGUGGAUGGGAGCAAGUGGCACCGGCAUCUCCUACACAGGUGCUGAACCUGCGUCUCUCUCUAGCUUCGGCUGAUACAGACAACUUUCUGAAUACUGUUCUCGGACUCUCCACCCCAGGACACGCAUCCUACGGCAAGUUUCUCUCGCCAGAGCAGCUCAAAGAUCUGAUAGCUCCUGCCUCUGCGGCCUCUAAUGCCGUCACUUCUUGGCUCGAGGCGCAAAUCCAAUCUGCCAAUGCGAUCCAAAACAAUGGAAACUGGUUGGCCAUUCAAUUGUCAGUCGAACAGGCCGAAGAUUUGUUGCAGACCAAGUUCUACGAUUACAAGAGCAUAACAACGGGUGAAGUCAGGACCCUGACUCUCCAGUACUCCGUCCCCAAGUCCCUUGCCGGCUUUAUUGAAACAAUCCAACCGACAACCGAUUUCAGUGAAGCGAAAGGCUCGCCGCAAGUUCAAACCUAUGGGUCAGAUCUGAGAAUCAUUUCCACCAGAGAAACUUCCCCUACGUGCAACACACAAAUCACUCCAGCAUGUCUUCAAUCUCUCUAUGGCCUGCCUACCGCGAGUGUAAGCAGUUCGAGUGCUAGUAUUGCAGUUCCCGGCUUUAUAAAUGAGUACGCCAAUUAUGCCGACUUGAGUCUCUUUCUGCAGCAGUUCCGCCCUGAUUUGAGUCCGCCUCCUUCGUUCACGGUGGCAUCUGUCGACGGAGGAUUGAAUGAUCAGGGCCAGCCCGGCAUCGAAGCCAAUCUCGACAUCCAAUACACCGUUGGCUUAGCCAAUGGGAUUCAAACCACGUUCAUCUCUUCGGGACUGUCCACUGUCCAGGGCUUCCUCGAUGUCAUAUCCUAUGUUGCCAACCUCCCAAACCCACCUACUGUCAUGUCCCUGUCUUAUGGAUUCGACGAGAACGUAUUGACUGCUAGAAAUGCAAACAGUGUAUGCAAUGCCCUUGCUCAACUCGGUGCUCGCGGUGUCUCUGUUAUCGUUGCUAGUGGUGAUGGUGGCGUUGGUGGCAGCAGACCGGGCAAUUCUUGCACUGCAUUUGUACCGACAUUCCCGGCAUCCUGCCCUUAUGUCACUUCUGUCGGCGCCACCGCGGGAGUCCCAGAAACUGGGUCGACGCUUUCUGCUGGCGGGUUCUCGAAUCUUUUUAGACGCCCUGAUUAUCAGGAAUUGGCAGUAUCUGGCUAUCUGAUUGGCCUACAAUCUGAAUAUAGCGGUCGGUUCAACGCCAAUGGCCGAGGCUAUCCCGAUGUCGCUGCACAGGGUGAGAAAGUGGUUACAGAAUGGGGCGGCAGCCCGCUUUUGGUCGGCGGAACUAGUGCCUCUGCACCAAUCUUCGCUUCAACCAUUGCGCUCCUCAACGCUCAACGACUUGUGCCUCUGGGUUUCUUGAAUCCAUGGCUCUAUCUUGAGAGCGGCUUAUUGAACGAUAUUACCACCGGAAGCAACCCUGGAUGCAAUACCAGCGGUUUUCCAGCCGCAGCAGGUUGGGAUCCUGUCACUGGGCUUGGAACGCCAAACUUUGAAGAAAUGCAGCUUCUUAUAUAG